GACUUGCGCUGGGAAAGAGGCGACGCUAGCAAACAGGCGGUGAAGCCGAUUCCUCUGGGUGGAAGCCGGCCGAGCUAAGCCCUCCCGGCCGCCAGCAGCCCCUUCCCACCCCUCCCAGCCCGCAUCCCCCGCAUCCCGGUGCGCCGGGACCGCCGGGAGGCAGCCGGGCGGGCGGCAGGAGGGCUUAGGACCCAGGGGGACGGCGGUGGAAGGACCCAGGCUCUGGCGCACACGCCUCCUACCAAAAAAAAAAAAAAAAAAAAAAAAAAAAAAAAAAAAAAAAAAAAAAAGGAAAAAAAAUCACAGCCCCGUGGAGCUGGCGCUCGCUCAUUCAGUUUUCUAGAGAGAUCUGAGCCGGAACCCGGGAGCCGGGAGAUCUUUCUCGCCCACACAGCUCAGCAGCAAGGACAUCUACAGGGGGAAAAGCCCACCCCACGAGCCCCCCGCGCCCCACGGCAGCUGCCGGCGCUGUGCAGUAAGUGGUGGAAUAAACAGCACUUUCCUUUGGAUGGAUUAUAGUACAUGUGAACUGGCUGUUACUUUGCAAGAAUAAGAAAAGUCUUUUGCUUCUACUUGCUAAAUAUCAGCUUGGUAGCAAAAAGCAUCUGAAUGGCUCACACUCACAGCAGACCAUCAGUUGAAUGGGAUCAGCACUUCCACUAAAAUAUCCGAAGUCAAGGAUUUGGAGAAGAGGUUUUUGCAGAGAUGACCCAUUUGCAAGCUGGGCUCAGUCCAGAGACUAUAGAGAAAGCCCGCCUGGAACUGAAUGAAAACCCAGACAUUUUGCACCAGGACAUCCAGCAAGUCAGGGACAUGAUCAUCACCAGGCCUGACAUUGGGUUUUUACGUACAGAUGAUGCCUUCAUCUUGAGAUUUCUCCGAGCCAGAAAGUUUCACCAGACUGAGGCCUUCAGGCUGCUGGCCCAGUACUUCCAGUACCGCCAGUUAAACCUGGAUAUGUUCAAGAACUUCAAGGCUGACGACCCAGGAAUCAAGCGGGCUCUGACAGACGGCUUUCCGGGCGUGCUGGAGAACCGCGACCACUGCGGCAGGAAGAUUCUUCUGCUUUUUGCAGCCAACUGGGAUCAGAGUAGGAACUCCUUCAUAGAUAUCCUUCGGGCUAUUCUGCUUUCCUUGGAAGUUCUCAUUGAAGAUCAGGAGCUUCAGAUAAAUGGCUUCAUUCUAAUUAUAGACUGGAGCAACUUCUCCUUCAAGCAAGCCUCCAAGCUUACACCAUCUAUCCUCAAGCUGGCCAUUGAAGGGUUACAGGACAGCUUUCCUGCACGUUUUGGAGGAGUCCAUUUUGUCAAUCAGCCCUGGUACAUCCAUGCCCUGUACACGCUAAUCAAACCAUUCCUCAAAGACAAGACAAGGAAAAGGAUCUUUCUUCACGGUAACAACCUGAACAGCCUUCACCAGCUAAUACACCCUGAAUGCCUGCCCUCUGAAUUUGGGGGGACCCUGCCUCCCUACGACAUGGGGACGUGGGCUCGAACGCUGCUGGGUCCCGACUACAGCGAUGAGAACGAGUACACCCACACCUCCUACAAUGCCAUGCACGUCAAGCACGCCUCCUCCAACCUGGAGAGGGAAGCCUCGCCCAAACCCAUGAAAAGGUCCCAGUCCGUGGUGGAAGCUGGCACGCUGAAGCACGAGGACCAGGGGGAAAGCGAGAACACCCAGCCACUGCUGGCUCUGGACUGAGCUCCACGUGCCCAGAGGAGAUCCAUGAGCAGCCCUCCACCACUCCAGAGCCCACAGAGCACACCACACACAGACACACACACAAGCCCACGUGUCCAGCUUGAUAACAAGUCCUUCGUGUUUCCUGACCAAGCAACAACUCUCACCAGCCAUCUGUCCGCCCGGCGCUCGGCGAGAACUCAGAAACUUCUACUGACACAGCAGCCUGUCCAUAGACAAAACAAUUUAUUUUUUUUUCUGUUUGACUCGUGACAUUAAAAUACUGGAAAUGGUGGGACUGCUUUCUCUGUUUAAAGAAACCAGGGUGUGUUAAUAGUGUUCCUGAAGACUCCGUCAGGGAUAUUCAUUUUAUAGAAGUGAAGAUUGUAAGAGUUUUAAAGAAAAGCGUCUCAGAAUUAAACUUUACACUGUAAUCAGCAAGGGUAAUCUGGGUUAGAGGGCAGAAUCAUCAGCAUAUAGAGUACUUGAGUUCUACAGAAGGAUUUUGCAUUUAAAAAGAACCCCAGUGCCAGCAUAAUGCCAUACAACAUGACACUUUGUGACUGCCUCAUCCAUGCAGCUUAUACAGCGGUCACAUUUCACUAUCUAGCAAAAAUUGUUCUUAACUUUUGAAGCCCUUCUAAAACCGUCAGCUAAGUGGAACGAGCUGUGUGAGCAGCAGACACAAUUUGAAACGCAAUUAUUUGAUUUUAAGAAUGAUUAAAAUUCCCACAGGCAACUCAGGAGCCUAUAAAACAUGUGCGUGUGCAUGUGUGUGCACAUGUGACAGGGGGUGGUUCAGGGAGACACACUGGACAAAUCCAGCAGUGAUUAAUGGUUCAAUCCAGAUUGUUUCAUUUAGGUUACAACAGCAAAUGAAAGCUCUGCAGAGCCACUUACCCCCUUCUGUCUGCAGUCAGGGAAAAGGGUAGCCAGAAAGGUAUGCUGAUUGCAGAUGUGGGCCAUGGCCAAAAUGAAAAAGGAAAACUGAGAAUUAAUUAUUCAGUACAAGUUUCUGCUAGAAGGAAAUGUUGAAGAACGGAAGAACUGAAAUGCCAAAGAUCAGUUUGUUAUAUCUCUGUUUGCUCUAGCUGCAAAGAGAGUACCAUCACUUCAUUGAAAUGGAAACUGGAUUAAAGAAAUAAAACAACAACGUUAUCAGAUUGCAUGUGCAGUGACUUUAUUUCCUAAAACGGUUACAAUCACUGUACACACUUUAAAUCUUCAAUUAAAUUGCCAUACAUUGACAAUUUACUAGAACAAGCAGUUGGCAACAAUAUAUCAAAGGUAGCAGUGUAAACCAUACAUACAAAAUGAGAUGAUAAUGAGCACAAGGGUUUUUAAUGGGCACUGGAACAACCACUGAAUUCUCAAGCAUUAGGCUGAAGUGAUGACAUAGUUCAAGUGGACAUGGCCAGCCCUAACAGAUGCACUAACAAAAUACUGCCUUUAUCUACUACAACAUUUUAUGCCUGCACAGGGCAGACAGGACAUCCUGCCAGAUCCUAUCAACACACCUGGGAUUUACCCACUGGUUUUUGUACAGAAUAACCUCACUCAGACUAAUCUCUUACUGCAGCAGCAUGUCAUUGAUACAAAGCCUGGCCUGGAUAGAGACAGUCUUUAAGGCAGUGGAUGGUCCUAGCAAGGCAACACAGGAGUCAGAAAAAGAAGCAGAAGCUUGCAGGAACAUUAAAAAAUAAGAUGACUGAGCCCAUUUAUCUUUGGGGUUUCUUCCAUUCCCCCCCCCACCUGACAUCAUCACCACCUAUUACAAGAAACAAGGAUGUCAAGUCCUGUAACAGCUCCUUUCUCUUCUCUGGGCUCAGAGACUGAAAGGCAUUUGGAUUUGUCAAACAGAAUGUGCUUAAAGCAGAAAGUAAAAAUCCAAAGAGACAAAAAGACACUUGCUAUUAUACUGCAGCAUUGAGGAAGAAAUACUUUGGUUUGUGAUUUUUCUCUGUUAAUACACUUAUCCCACUGCCACUGAAUCUUUGUGAUGAUCUGUUACAAUCACUGUUCAUUCAAGUGGAUCUUGUCUUGCCCAAGAAGUGCAAAUACUACUGAAAUCUAGUCCUUGAGGAUCAAACCUCACAAAGGAUAAACUAUUUCCUUUCUUUAACUGUGAUAUGAAUGAAUACAUAUGCCUUGUAUAUAACUAUGAAGCCUGCAUUUAACUGUAGGCUCUUACACAGAUUCUGUGCAAGCAAGGUAGCAGCAGGCAGGGUGGAACCCACCUCCUAACAUUGUGAUGAGUACAUACUGUGUUACAAACUAUAUUGCCCUGUCUGCCAUUUCCUUCUGUAAAUAAAUCUAACGAAAAAAUGCAAAUUGCAAUGGAUUUCCAUUGGAAAAAAUACUUCCCUUCACUUCUUCCCUUGGCACUUCCAAUGUUGAAAUGCUUUUUGAAGACAGAACACCACUUGGCAAACAGGGACACCUAAAAUGAUAUGCCAGUAAUUCACUGCAUAAUUUCUACAGUCUGCUCUAUGUAUCCUCCCCAUGUAUAGAGCUAAUCCAGUAACUGUACCUAACAAAAUUAUCCACUCUGCUCCCUGACAGGUGGGCACAGAACAGAUUGCCUUCAGUGUUGCAGGAACACCUUGUCUUAUUUGAGGCACUUAAGAUUUCUAAAUGGCCCAUGUAUCACCACACAAUCUAAUAAACAGUGCUACUCUGGCACACACACAUAUCUUGGGGAGAUUACUUUUAUCUAUUUGCCAAUUUUAUCUAUUCACCAAUUGCAAUUGGACAAGAUAAAGUAUGAGCCUUCAAAGGAACAAUGAAAUAAUCUGAAGGACGGCAUGGCUUUUCACAAAUAAAGCUCCAAAGCUUUUACCACUCCUUUAGUAUUUACUCUGAUCUAUAGAAACUAAAAUGCAACAUUAAUAAAAAUAUUCCUAACCAU